AUGCCACAGAAGCUUGAUAUUCUUGUUGUCGGCGCAGGCUUAUCCGGCCUCGCAGCAUCGAUUCAAUGCGCGCUUUCAGGACACUCAGUCACAGUGCUCGAGAGUGCGAAGGAGCUUGCUGAAGUCGGUGCCGGACUGCAGCUUACACCGAACGCCACCCGUCUCUUCCAGAAUUGGGGUGUAUACGACUCACUGAAAGAUCUCGUGUGCGAACCUACAAAACUCACUGUGUACAACUACAAGGGCAAAGUUCUCGCAAACGAAGACAACUUCGACGUCAACAUAAGACGGAAGUACGGAGCACCAUUCUCGGACUGCCAUCGUGUGGAUUUGCAGCAGGCGCUUGUCAAGAGAGCGAGAGAACUGGGCGUCGCAGUUAUCCUUGAUGCGCGAGUCACAGGGAUAGAUUUUGGGCAGAAGGCAGGAGACAGAGCGAAGAUUACCGUGGGCGAGAAGUCUUAUGACGCAGACUUGGUCGUGGGUGCAGACGGGCUUUGGUCAACGUGCCGUUCUACCAUGCUAGGAAAGAAGGAUACCCCUUUACCGACCGGCGAUCUGGCGUACAGAAUCGUCCUCAAUAUCGACCAGGUGAAGAGCCAGAAGCUUCGAGAUAUGGUGCAGAAUCCUACGUGUCGGUUUUGGGCGGGUCCGGAUUCACACGUGGUAGCAUACAGCAUACGUGGUGGCAAGAUGUACAACGUUGUGCUCCUCGUUCCCGACGAUCUCGAGGAAGGUGUUGCGAGGACAGAAGGUGAUCUCGAUGAGAUGAGGAAGCUGUUUGAGGGAUGGGAUCCUGUGUUGACCGAGUUCCUCGAGUGUGUCGACAAAGUCGACAAAUGGAAGCUGAUGCACCGGGAGGAGCUUUCUUCAUGGAUCAACCCGCAGUCAAACCUUGUGCUCAUCGGGGACUCAUGUCACCCUAUGCUCCCGUACCUGGCACAAGGCGCAAAUUCAUCAAUCGAGGAUGGCGCUGUGCUAGGGUUGUUGUUAGGGCCGAAGCACUUCACCGAUAAAUCUCAGCUCUCGGAUUCGCUGAAGAAGUUUGAGAAGUUGCGAAAAGCAAGAGGCGAGGGCAUUGUGAGAGAAACAUUCAAGCAGCGCAAAGAUUUCCACAUGCGCGAUGGGCCUGAGCAGGAAGAGCGGGACCAGCGGAUGCUGAGGCAACUGGGUCAAGAACUGCAAGGCUCCUUCCCAAGUCGAUGGACCUGCCCAGAAGUUCAACCGUGGUUGUACGGCUAUGACGCUUCGAAAGAAGUUGAGGCUGUUACGGCAAGGUAA